AUGAAGGGCUUAUCCUCACUGAUAAACAGAAAAAAAAACAAGAUUGACUCUAAUUCAAAUGAGAUCGAGAACGGCAUGAACAGUACCGAUCUCAACUCGAUCGAGAUGCAGGAACAAGGCAAGAAAUCUGACUUUGAUCUUUCCCAUAUUGAGUACGGUCAAGAUUCACGAGUACCAAAAGAUGAUGAUGAGGAAGUCCCAGAUCUUCUCGAUGAGGCUAUGCAGGAUGCGAAGGAGGCAGACGAAAGUGAAAGGGGGAUGCCACUUCUGCAAGCUUUGAAAACGUAUCCCAAAGCUGCUGCUUGGUCGCUAUUAGUCUCCACAACGCUGAUUCAAGAAGGUUAUGAUACUGCCAUCCUCGGAUCUUUCUAUGCUUUGCCCGUUUUCCAGAAGGAAUAUGGUUCUCUGAAUAGCAAGACAGGAGAAUAUGAAAUUUCAGUUUCUUGGCAGAUUGGUUUAUCUUUAUGUAUUGUGGCAGGUGAGAUUGUUGGUUUACAAAUGACUGGUCCUUUUGUAGAUUACAUGGGUAAUCGUUACACAUUGAUUGUGGCGUUGUUCUUUUUAGCCGCUUUCACUUUUAUUCUGUAUUUUUGCAAAAGUUUGGGUAUGAUUGCCGUGGGACAAGUACUGUGUGGUAUGCCAUGGGGUUGUUUCCAAUGUUUGACAGUCUCAUAUGCUUCCGAAAUCUGUCCUUUGGCUUUAAGAUACUACCUGACAACUUAUUCAAACUUGUGCUGGACUUUUGGCCAACUUUUUGCUGCUGGUAUUAUGAAAAAUUCCCAAAACAAGUACCCAGACUCGGAUUUGGGAUAUAAGCUACCAUUUGCUUUACAGUGGAUUUGGCCUCUUCCCCUGGCAAUAGGGAUAUUCUUUGCACCUGAAUCUCCAUGGUGGUUGAUCAAGAAAGGGAGAAUGGAACAGGCGAAGAAAUCACUUGAAAGAACAUUGAGUGGCAAGGGACCUGAGAAAGAACUGCUGGUGAGUAUGGAACUAGAUAAAAUCAAAGUGACUAUUGAAAAAGAACAAAAAAUGUCAGAUUCAGAAGGGUCAUACUGGGAUUGUGUGAAGGACUGUAUCAACCGGAGAAGAACAAGAAUAGCUUGUUUAUGUUGGAUUGGUCAAACCACUUGUGGUACACAACUGAUAGGAUAUUCAACCUAUUUUUACGAAAAGGCUGGUGUUAGCACUGAAACAGCAUUCACUUUUAGUAUUAUUCAAUACUGUCUUGGUAUUGUUGCAACACUUCUAUCCUGGUGGGCUUCAAAGUAUUUUGGGAGAUUUGACCUUUACGCGUUCGGACUGGCCAUUCAGACUGUUUUACUGUUUAUUAUAGGAGGUCUGGGAUGCUCUGAUACUCACGGUGCCCAAAUGGGAAGUGGCGCUCUUCUAAUGGUGGUCGCCUUCUUUUACAACCUGGGGAUUGCUCCCGUUGUCUUUUGCUUAGUUUCUGAAAUACCAUCCUCGAGGCUAAGAACUAAAUCAAUUAUUCUGGCUCGUAACGCCUAUAAUAUGGCAUGUAUCGUAACUGCUGUCCUGACAUUGUACCAAUUGAAUUCAGAAAAAUGGGAUUGGGGUGCAAAGUCAGGCUUCUUCUGGGGGGGACUAUGUUUUGCGACGUUAGUAUGGGCUGUCAUUGAUUUACCCGAAACUGCCGGUAGAACCUUUAUGGAAAUGAACGAACUAUUUAGACUCGGUAUUCCAGCAAGAAAGUUCAAGACGACUAAAGUGGACCCAUUUGCGGCUGUCAAAGCGGCUAAAGAAAUUGCUCAUAAUGAUCCCAAGGAAGAUAUGGAAACUUCCAUGGUGGAAGAAGGGCGAAGCACACCAUCUAUUACGAAUUUAUGA